CUUGUAAUUUUAGACGUACGCCCGUAGUGGCACUCAACCUAAAAAUCUAUCUCUCUCCAAGAGAACGGGACUUCUCCCUCCCGAGCAAUCUUAUUUCGCCGGCGACACAACAACAAGAAUAAGCAAACACUAUCGGUUAUUCUCCCUCAGAGGCCAGUAUGCGAAUUUCAUCCCUCAACUCUGGGCUGUGAGCCUGUGACCGUGUUUUGUUUCUGGUUGUAAUCCUCGCGUCAUGGUGGGUGGAUCCCAGGCCCCAUUCCUGGGAGGCGCCAAUGUUGGAAGAGAGCACUUUUAGACUACUACAAGAGGUUUGCUGGGCUGCGAUCGACGACCCGGGCUGUCAAAUAGAUUUUCUAUAUUGACAGCCCCAUUUUCUCCACGGGAAACAACAGUCCAACAGCCUCUCCAAAAGAGGAAUAAGGAUUUUUUGAUAGUCGUAUGAAAGUAACUCUUGUAAGGUAUCAUGGGUUCCUUGUCUGGAAUCCUUCAAAGGCCAGUACUUGCAGCCUCUGCAGUUGCCUUAGCUUCUGUUUCUGCCGAUCUUCAUGAUAAAUUGCAACCCUCCAAAUCAUCGGAAAGUUGUCUGUCAUUGGAACAGCCAAGUUCUUUACACUCUACAGCAAUUGAAGAAAACAAGAAAUCAUGGGUGCAUCAUAUAUCAGCUUCCAAGCUUGCUAACAUGUCUUUUGUCACCAGAAUACAAGUCCCAGUGUCGCACAUACAAAGCCCUAUUUCUACCUCCAGUCAAAGCUAUUGUCCAAGUCAUUUCACCUCUUCAGCUUUUUCCCCUGUUUUACUCAAUUUGUAUCGGACUGCAGCAUUGGACAGGUCUGCAAAUCCAGCUACAUGUGUGCAUCCUCUUCCUUCCUCACCUCACGAAGGAUUAUAUAUAUGGCAUUUGCCCAAGCCAAGUUCUAUUGAUAUAUCUGGAUGUUCUGACUGCUCAUCAUCAAAGUCAAGGACACUGGUUAUAUUGCUAGGAUGGUUAGGGGCAAAGCAGAGGCAUCUCAAGAGAUAUGCAGAGUGGUAUAACUCCAAAGGCUUCCAUGCUGUCACAUUUACAUUUCCUUUGCCUGAGAUUCUUAGCUAUCAGGUUGGGGGGAAAACCGAGCACGAUGUAGAAUUGCUUGUAAAUCAUCUUGCUGAUUGGUUGGAAGAAGAGCACGGAAAAAAUUUGGUUUUCCACACUUUCAGCAACACUGGAUGGUUAAUUUAUGGAGUCAUUUUGGAGAAGUUACAGAAACAGUAUCCUACACUAAAGGAAAGGAUAAAGGGUUGUAUAGUGGAUUCUGCUCCUGUGGCUGCCGCUGACCCACAGGUUUGGGCUUCAGGAUUCUCAGCUGCUUUUCUUAAAAAGAAUAGUAUUGCAACCAAAGGUUUUGUAAACUUAAGUGAGCCUCAUUCAGAGACAACGGUUGGAGCAAGGACAGUUGUAGAUGCCAGACCUGCAGUAACUGAAGCAGCAUUGUUACUAGUGCUGGAGAAGUUCUUUGAGGUGGUUUUGAAUCUUCCAACGGUAAACAGGAGGCUCUCUGAUGUUUUGAAUCUACUGACAUCCCAACAACCCAGCUGCCCACAGUUAUACAUUUACAGCACAGCGGACAAAGUUAUUCCUGCAGGGUCUGUGGAAUCCUUUAUAGAGGGACAGCGACGGACUGGUCGUGAGGUUAGAGCUUGCAACUUCAUAUCUACCCCCCAUGUUGACCAUUUCCGGAAUGAUCCAGAACUGUAUACUUCUGAGCUCGCUCAAUUUUUGGAGGAUUGUGUGCUGACCUGUUGCAGCCAUUCAUCUUAAAUAACUGCUAACCAGCCUCAAAUUCUUUUAUAUUCUUUCCGUGAAAAUACAUACAUGUACAAUUCGUUGAAACAAAAUAGAAGAUACCCUUUUCCUGAGGUAAAGGUUAAUAGAACCACAUUGUUGAGUUUACAUACUGACGGGAGAUGCUGUUUUGACCAUUUGCUCUAAAUUCUUUUGGUGCUUGUUCUGUGCUUCAUUUUUUACGUGUAAAGUAUUGUUCAAAAUGGAACAUUUGCCCAAUGAACUUGGUUCAUCUUGUUCAAGGGCUUGGGGUAUAAGCAUUGUGCUCCAAAAUAUAUUAACGUUAUUCCAA